CUCUGUCUUGCUCAUAUAAUAUUUGUGGAGGCUUCAAUCUUGCUUCUCCAUGCCCUCAAUUAACAUCUAUUUUCUAUCCCAAAUAUCUGGCAUAGAAUACGCCAUCAGGGUCAUACACAGGGAUGCAGAGCAGUCCUCCAAGCCCAUUGUGUCUGGUUCUACACACACACACACACACACACACAGAAAAUUGCCUAGUUGCCACUCUGGGGUCCCAGUAUGGUGAGGUUUACUCAACUCCCCCAGGAUCCUCACCUCCAGGCUCAUCCCAGAGUUCCCAGCACUUUCAGCUUCCUGACCCUCCCCCCUAUCUAGUUCUGUCCACCCAGGACCCCCUUCCUCAUAGCAUCCUGUCCACCUCUCCAGGGUCUGGGUUCACUUCCCCAUGCUAACAGUCACCUCCUCAGCAGUAGCAGGGCCUUGGGGCCUCUAAGGAGAGCGACCUCGAUGCUUGGUGUAGAGAACCUGAGGUAAAUCCUUUGGGAUCUCCAACUUGGCCAGGGGCCUCCCUACCCAAAUCUCCUUUCCUCAGCCAUUUUUGAAGAUUGAAAGGUUCUGGGGGUGGAGAGACAGGGCUAUCCGUUAGUUUUUGUAUCCUAAGCAAGACCUCAUCUUUCCUUAAAAUUAAAUACAGUUUAAAAGGCCGUUUCAAGGGUUUGUUGCAGCCGCAACCAGCGUCUCUACAGGGUAGAAAAUCCAGCGGUCUGAAGGCGACAAGCCAGACUGCAAUUCCUCAAAGUAGGCACCAGGUGUCGCUGUGGGCUCGUUGUCCCGGCUACCCCCCAAUUCCAAGAACCAUUUUUUUUUCUCCCCCUCUCUCUCUCUUUCUCUCUCACUCCCUCUUCCCCUUGGUUGGGCUUUGCCAACAUAUCAAGAUGCGUUUCGCCGGCUUCCAUCACUAACCUCCCGGAGGUCAUCAAGCCAAAUUUAUGAGUGGCCGCUCCAGUCACGUGACUCUAUUUAAGGCUCCCUUAUUUGGGAAGAGCGCAUAGGAUAAAGAAAGAGAUAUCUCCACCUAUAAAUUGUGCACUUUGGAGAACAAAAAACCCCUCAACUUCAAAGAGUCACAAAUCACCCUUAAUCAAAAAGGGUGCAGAAAUUUUUUUUGGGCCCUCCCCGCCAUGAGCUCCUACGUAGCCAAUUCAUUCUAUAAGCAGAGCCCCAAUAUCCCUGCCUAUAACAUGCAAACUUGUGGGAACUAUGGAUCGGCCUCAGAGGUGCAGGCAUCCAGGUACUGCUACGGUGGAUUGGACUUAAGCAUCACUUUCCCACCGCCUGCGCCUUCCAACUCUCUCCACGGGGUAGACAUGGCUGCCAACCCCCGGGCUCACCCCGACCGCCCCGCCUGCAGCGCCGCGGCCGCUCCGGGACACGCUCUGGGCAGAGAUGAAGCGGCUCCUCUGAACCCCGGGAUGUACAGUCAGAAGGCGGCUCGCCCAGCGCUGGAGGAGCGAGCUAAGAGCAGUGGGGAGAUCAAAGAGGAGCAGGCGCAGACAGGGCAGCCCGCCGGACUGAGCCAGCCACCGGCCCCGCCACAGAUUUACCCGUGGAUGACCAAACUGCACAUGAGCCACGAGACGGACGGCAAGCGGUCCCGAACCAGUUACACGCGCUACCAGACUCUGGAACUGGAAAAAGAAUUCCACUUUAACCGCUACCUCACUCGCCGCAGGCGCAUAGAGAUCGCCAACAACUUGUGUCUCAACGAGAGACAGAUCAAGAUCUGGUUCCAGAACCGCAGGAUGAAGUGGAAGAAGGAUUCCAAAAUGAAAAGCAAAGAGGCUCUUUAGAGGCAGCGGGGAGGCCCGCAGAUAGGACCCCGAGCCCGCUUUGGUCCCCGCGCCUUUCCUUUUCGGUUUUCCUCUCUAUAUUUUGGGAGCAAGGACGGGGGCGGCAGCACCGGCUCCGGGGCCUCACAGACAAAAGCUCUUUUCCUUGGCAUUCCGCAUCCCCACCGACCCCAGUUUCCCGAGGGGCUAUCCGCGCUGCCCAGACUCCCUCCAGUCCUGCUCAGCACCGGGGGAGGGUGGCGGGCAGGGCAAGCUCCGCGGGGGUUCCCCACAGGGCUGCGGGAGCCGAGCUGGUGCUGAACGAACCCGGGCCUGGGCCUCCUCUUGGGCUUUCAGCCCCAACGCGGCCCUCCGGUUUAAGGUGGACCCAGCAAGUGUUCCAGGACCCGCGGCCCGACCCUCCGGCCUCCCCUGUCCUUUGUUCCCGUAUUAGGCUGGCCAGGCGGCUGAGGGCUGGCGAGAGUGGUUGUGCUUGGCGGAGUCUGGCCCCAGACUCGGGGUGCUUCGUUGUAGCGACUAAGCUCCAUGUUUGGCUUUUAAAUGAUUUGCAUAUGAAAGGGGGAGAUGACUGGAGGUCCGCCUAGGGCCCCCUCAGUGGCCCUACGCUCUCCAAACCUUCUCACCCAUCCCUAAGCCCGGUAACCUCUCCAGCCUGCGCCCCCGCCCCCACCCGCAUGCCCUCUCAGGUCCCUCCGCCUCAGACCACUAGCUAGCUCAACUAUGGGGGUUCCCUGCCACUGGACCCCAGCAAGCAGUCCUAGGUUUCUUGGCUGCCCACGAGUCCCUGCCACAACUCUCUGUGCCCUCCUGCCCCAUCGCUGUUGUCCAACUAUUUAUUGACUCCAGGUCUUUCCUGAAACUAUAUUUUGUCAUAUCAAAUAAAGACAAAGAGAGAACAGGACUAAAGAUGCAGCAAUGCCUCUCUGUUUGGGGCAUGUAUUGGGUAAAAGUAUCUAAAUGGGCUAUAGGGUACAGAGGAGGCCCACAGCUUCUCUGCCUCUUUUGAAAAAAGAAUUUUUAGGAGCUUCGAGAGGGAUUGAGAAGAGGGUGGUGAAACUGAGCUCCUUCCUAGAUCCCUGGUUCCCAGAAGGGCCUUUGGGGAAAGGGGGGGGCACUUAGGUGGUGUGUACUGGCGUUUCCCACGCUGUGGCUUGUCCAAGGCUUUCAGGCCUCUGUACCCCACUCCCACUUUGGCUGGGUGAAUCUGAGGCCUUUAGACAAGCAAGUAGACCACUGCCUCCCAGAAAUAAUCUGCAGGGCCCGGAGGCUCCAUGGUGCUCAGACUCUGGGGUCCUUUUGGGCCUCUGAAGAUCUCUCCCAGGCCUAGGUGACCCAUUUGGUCCCAAGAAGGAUUCUCAGAAAGAGUUGGUACUGCUUGGCGAAGGGGUCUGAGGCGAGUUAAAAGAACUGUGUGUUAGCUUUUUAAGGUACCGGGGGAGAUGGGAACGAGGAGGGCAGCCUACAGUGAACCUGCCUGGCUGGCAACGUGCAAACCAGUUUCUCCCACUUCUAGGGCCUAAGGCUAUGCAGGACAAUUAGCUGGGAAAGGAGCUGUGUAGACUGGUGCCUGAGUCCCGUCUGUUUGCCAUCAUUUGUCUCAGUCUCUGGGAUUUUGUGUGGAGGGGGAGUGGACUAAAGGGAAGGGGAAAAGGCAGAUAAUUCAGGUGGUGCUGAGGCCGGCUGUGGCCCAUACUCUGCUCUGCUCCGGGCCCCUGGAAUGGGAUGGGGGAGGGAGUACUUUAUAGGAGAAACAAAUGUGGGAAGGGUCCAUAAAACUUUACUGCAUUUCCUCUCCUGCCUCCCACAAUGGGGGUGAUUUCCUGGAGCCAAGCCUAGGCCCCCCACACUGGGGGAGGGUGCGGUUCAGGAGCUGGGCUAGAAGGCUGCUCUUACAGCCAAGAGGGAAAGGGAGCAGAGAGACUCUGGGGAGGGGCAAGGGGAAUAUUUAUGAUUAUUAAUGCUGAUGCUCCUUGAAUUUAUUAUAAGGACUGACUUCUCUGCAUCCCACUGCCUAAGCUAUCCAUCUGUCAUUUUUUUUUUUUUUAACCCAGGAGUCUUUCUUUCCUCACCCCGUGCCUAGCACGUAGGAGGUCUCAACAAAUGUUUAUUGAUCUGUGCCCAUUGCUGUGCCCUUCCAUUUGCACUCAGGCCAAGAUAGGGCACCCGUUCGGUCUCUCCCUGACUAGCACACAAGAGUCUGCCCAGCCUAGCACCACCUCGGCUCCGCUCUCAAUCUCCCUCUCUCUCUCUCUCUCUCUCUCAAAUAAAAUGUGUAAUUUUCUUCAGGGAGUUAUUUUAAUUUUUUCUCCAUGCUGAGUAAAACUAUUGGGUGAGCGGUGAAGCGUGGAGAAGCACUGACGUCUCCAAUGGGUAACGGUUAACUAAAAUAGAGGCCGCGGCGCCCGCCAUCACACCCUCCAGCAUCCCGGGCUGCAGAGGCCCUGAGCUCCCUCCCCAGGGGAUGCACCGCCCCAGGGGUAGAACCAAGGGCUGGGCCAGAGCCAGGGCCCAAGUUGUCAGACCCGCCCUGCAGGGCCCACCAGCCCCUCUUGGCCCAGAAUGCCUCCUUCCUGCAGUGUUAAGGCCUCUUUCCCUGGAGGAGCUGGAGGGUUGACUCAAGUUUGCCAGACUUGGGUGGAGGCAGCCAAGCCGGCCUGCCC